GGCAGUCACCCACGACCCCACUUCCCUGCUAUGAUGGCCCGCCUGUAGCAGGUUACAGAACCCCCGCGGGGAUGUAGGCAGAGUAGCGGCAGCCAGGUGCGUAGAGCCACAAGAGCUCUAGGGCACUCUGGGGGCAGUUCUGCCUGCUGCGCUCUCUGGUGCCGGGGAAUGCCCAACUGCCAGGCGAGCUGGUAAGGAUAAGAACGUUCCCUUUUGGCCCGAGUCCGCUGCAUCCAUGGCGCUGCUGGCCAGUCUGGUGCUCCUGUGCUGCUUGGCACUUCUGACGCUGCCAGCCCAGAGCUGCGGCCCGGGCCGGGGGCCGGUUGGCCGGCGCCGCUACGUGCGCAAGCAGCUUGUGCCGCUGCUCUACAAGCAAUUUGUGCCCAGCGUGCCCGAACGGACCCUGGGCGCCAGUGGGCCAGCCGAAGGUAGGGUUGCCAGGGGCUCCGAGCGCUUCCGGGACCUGGUGCCCAACUACAAUCCUGACAUCAUCUUCAAAGAUGAGGAGAACAGUGGCGCAGACCGCCUGAUGACCGAGCGAUGUAAGGAGCGAGUGAACGCGCUGGCCAUUGCUGUGAUGAACAUGUGGCCGGGAGUGCGCCUACGGGUGACUGAGGGCUGGGAUGAAGACGGCCACCAUGCUCAGGACUCACUCCACUACGAAGGCCGUGCCUUGGACAUCACUACGUCUGACCGCGACCGCAACAAGUAUGGGCUGCUGGCGCGCCUGGCAGUGGAAGCCGGCUUCGACUGGGUGUACUACGAGUCCCGCAACCACGUCCACGUGUCGGUCAAAGCCGAUAACUCCCUGGCGGUCAGGGCAGGCGGCUGCUUUCCGGGAAAUGCCACCGUGCGCCUGCGGAGUGGCGAGCGGAAGGGGCUUCGGGAACUGCAUCGCGGAGACUGGGUGCUGGCGGCAGACUCCGCAGGGCGGGUGGUGCCCACGCCAGUGCUGCUCUUCCUGGACCGGGACUUGCAGCGCCGCGCCUCUUUUGUGGCUGUGGAGACCGAGAGGCCCCCCCGCAAGCUGUUGCUCACACCCUGGCACCUGGUGUUCGCCGCCCGAGGGCCGGCGCCCGCGCCAGGCGACUUUGCCCCGGUGUUCGCGCGCCGGCUGCGUGCAGGGGACUCGGUGCUGGCGCCGGGCGGGGACGCGCUGCGGCCGGCGCGCGUGGCCCGUGUGGCUCGAGAGGAAGCCGUGGGCGUGUUCGCGCCGCUCACCGCGCAUGGGACGCUGCUAGUCAACGACGUCCUCGCCUCGUGCUACGCGGUGCUGGAGAGUCACCAGUGGGCACACCGCGCCUUUGCUCCUUUGCGCCUGCUGCACGCGCUGGGGGCGCUGCUUCCCGGAGGGGCGGUCCAGCCGACGGGCAUGCACUGGUACUCCAGGUUCCUCUACUGGUUGGCGGAGGAGCUGCUGGGCUGAGCGUUCUAGACUUAGUAACCUCGAGGCACCCGCCGGAACCAGGACUUGGGGGCUGAGAUCUAGGGAUGUGGGCAGCGA